AUGUGCUCAAUGAAUGGAUUAAAUAUCUAAUUAAGAUCAUAAUAUAAACAAUUUAUAGCAGGGGCUUUGAGUUCACUAAGCCUUAGUCUAGCUAAUGAAAAAGAAAUUUCUAUUUUGACAAUGAUUAUAUAUCCACGCGCCACUGAAGUUAUAUAUAAAAUGAUGGUAUAAAAAGGUUAUCUAAGAGAAUUCAAACAUUCAGAUAUUUUAGCCUUUAUGUUUUGUUGUUCUUUUAUUGUUUACUGCUACAUCUUUGAACCUAGUAACUUGCCCUCAAAUUAUAUUAAAGCAAUCAAUAAUUUCUCUCUUUUAACCAAAGGAGAGGGAACUAUGUUUGCAACAGUAACUGAGUAAGUUACUCGUUAAAUUGAGCAAACCUACGGAGUACCAAGAUGA